GUCUACAGCGACAACGUCCCGUGUAGACCACAAUGGCUGCUAGUGAGCCUCCAAGAUACCUGGCAAGGUCAUUGCCACGGGCAUUUGUCCCCACCGCUCGCCCACAGGGCUUCUGCUUGCGGCGCAAUGUCUCCGACCAAGCCUCGUCGAAGGCCGCGCCGGCCGACCUCAAUGAACUUGAAUCGGCGACUUCUCUGACUUCGACAACGCUUUCUGAGGCUACUGUGAAGUCAUUCGAUCCAAUUGCAAGGACCAAGGCACGGAAGAAGCAACUGCCACGCAGUCGUUAUCAAUUUCGUUCUCCCAAAUAUGAUCGUGGUCCUCUACACCCUCACCAGCCCCCUCCGCCAUCCGAUCCCUCUUCCCGACUCUACGUUCCGGGCCCCUUCUCUCUUCCCCGAGUAGAGCAAACAUACCAGUCCACCGUCGCGUCCGACAUCCUCACCCUCUGCUAUGUUCACAACCCCCCGGGUUUCAAACCACCACAAAAGGCCCCCCGUCUUCGCUCAUGGGAUGAUAGCUCUCCAUACCACAAGAAUAGGCCGCUCCGUGGACCCCGAGGAGGUGAUGUCCUCCGUCUUCUCCGGAAGCCGAUCAAUUUCAACAAUGUCCCCCAGCUAGAACGCAUCACCAUUCACAGCUACGUCAAGCAAGCAGCCCAGGAGAAUUCGUCAUGGUUGCAUGUUGCAGGAAUGGCUGUUCAGGCUAUCUCCAACGCUAGAGUGGAAACCUUCAAAUCGAAGACCAGUGUGGCCACCUGGAGUAUUGCACCAGGCAGAGAUACCGUUGCUGUCAAAGCAGAGCUUCGUGGUGAAGAUAUGUUGCACUUCUUUGGAAAGUUGGUUGAUGUUGUUAUGCCCAGGAUCAAGGACUGGGAGGGUGUCAAGGGUAGCAGUGGUGACAGCAGUGGAAACAUCACCUUUGGUCUUGAGCCUGAGAACGUGGCUCUGUUCCCUGAGAUCGAGGUGAACUAUGAUAUGUAUCCUCCGAAGAUGAUUCCCGGUGCCCAUAUUACCAUCCACACCUCAGCCAAGACGGACAAGGAUGCCCGGCUUCUCCUCAGUGCCAUGGGUAUCCCUUUCUACGGAAAGAUGGUUGACUAAAGGAGCCGCAACGAUACCAUUACUGGGGAAAUCUGCAAGAUUUAAUCAAGGAAGGCUUGACAAAGGCCAGUCAUGUACACCCGAGCGAAUAUUUGUACUCUCAUCUUCGUUUUCUUGGCAUUGAAUAUGUAACAUGGAAGUUUUGUUCACUCG